GCAUGCAUGAGACGCUCCACGCGGCUGUCUCUCUCGGUCCGUUGGUCCAUCCCGGUUCCCAUUGUCUCCCUUCUGCACUCCUUGAAGACAACCCCGAGACGACAAAACUAAACUCAGCCGUUAUUCCGCUCAUAUCGCCUCGUGUAUGUUACGUUUGGAGACUUUACUCGACCUGAAAUCUCACCCUGUCCCUCUCCAUCCGAAAUAUGGACAUGCUUUUCUGUCUUUAUUUUUAUUUUUGAAAUGUUGUACCGUUAGAGAUGUAUUUGCUGUAACGGGAGGAGGCAGUGAAUGAACCGACCAACGACUGACACAACGUCGGUUGGGUUGUGGAGCUGAAAGGGGGAUGAACCGGAGGGUGAGGACUUGUUAGCCAACAGAGACGCCGACAACAGCUUCCAGCGGCUGGGUGACAUAUCCCAACAUCCUAGGAACAACAGUACCCAUCAUCAAGUGGAUAAAACACCACAUUCGGGGAAAAAAGGGCUAAAACAGCCUACUGGAUUACAACCGCGGUUUUGGGGAUGAAAAACAACAACAACAACAACAAAAACGCGGUGUUUUUGUUACGGUGUGAAUGAAAGGAUCCUGCCCCUGAGAGGAGAGCAGGAGAAGAGGAGAGGAGAGGAGGCAAGGACCACUUUCACUUGUUUUCUCCACCCUAAAACAAAUUAGGCUGUUUCAAUCAACCACAUCUAGGUGGCGCGUAAUCGGAUUAUUAGACAAAAGAGCAUUUAAUCUGGAGAAUACAUCCAUCUAAUCUCACUGUCUCAGUGUUAAGUGGCUACUGUACUGUGCUAAUUUUGUGACAAGGAUGCGACUAAUCGACGUGAUUGUAGACUUUCUAGUCCAGUGGAAGCUGGCUGGUUAAGUAGAUCUCCCCCCCCCAUUGGUCACUAUAGUUUUCUGUAGAGACCCACAUUAUCAGCAAUCUGACUUUUUUUGACCCAUCAAUCAAAAUGCACUACACCACCUGAUUUAUCAGACUACCGAGCUGCCUUUAGUUGCAGAGGCUUGCCAAAAGUGGUCCUACAUAACAAAGCUCCGUGGACACAUCGAGAAAUAAUUGUGGACUUGAAUCAUCCCUACGGCCCACCUUCCAUCUUGAUCCCUGACCCCAUGUAUGUUGGAAAUCCAGGGGACCACGUUUCCGGCUGUUUACCUGUCAGCGACCCAGCCAUUUGAAUGAAGUAGUAGCCUUUUAUUCCCCUGAGCUCCAGCGAGUACAGGGGCUGCACUGUUCGCAGAGGCCGAGCCAGCGAGAGCCUCUACCUGGGCUGCCAGCCAGCCAGCCCUCCGGGGGUUUUUUUUUUUAGAUUUUGAAGGUCCAGCUGGAGGAUUUGGAAGUUUCACCCAGAGUUUCUUCUCCACGUGGAUCACUGGAGAGAAGGAGGACACCAUGGGGUGCUGCAGUGGCAGGUGUACCUUGGCCUUUAUCUGUGGCAUACAGCUGGUCAGUGUGUUGGAGCGUCAGGUGAUAGAUUUCCUGGGCUACCAGUGGGCUCCCAUCCUGACCAACUUCCUCCACAUCAUCAUCGUCAUUCUGGGCCUGUUUGGCACGAUCCAGUUCAGGCCGAGAUAUGUCACCGGGUACGCAGCCUGGCUGGUCGUCUGGAUGACCUGGAAUGUUUUCAUCAUUUGUUUCUACCUGGAGGUUGGAGAUCUGUCCAGAGACUCUGACCUUGUCCUGACGUUCAACCUGUCCAUGCAUCGCUCCUGGUGGAUGGAGAACGGCCCGGGGUGCAGGGUGACACCCAUCACCCCUCCUCCCUCCUGGGCACCCGAGGACCACCGAUAUAUAUCUAUAUCCGGCUGUCUGAUGGAUUUCCAGUUCAUAGAGGUGGCUCACUCCUCGCUGCAGAUACUCUUUGCUUUGAUGGGGUUUAUCUACGCCUGCUAUGUUGUCAAGCUCAUUUCAGAAGAAGAGGAUAGCUUUGAUUUUAUAGGAGGGUUUGACUCAUACGGUUACCAGGGGCCUCAGAAGACCUCCCACCUUCAGCUACAGCCCAUGUACAUGUCAAAGUAAACCCAGGAGCUCCUCGUGAAGCACUGCCUUACCAAUCGCCACUGCUUAACCUCCUGCUUUUACUACUCCAGCCGUCUUUUAAUAAAGAACAACCAAGACAAAGACAAGUAGACAGGAUACAGAAGACACUAACA